AUGAAUAUGAUUUCCGUCUUCUUCCUUGCGUGGAUCUUAAAUUCGGGUGACGCUUUCAGUGACUUUCCAUCGUUGAUAUCCACUAAUGCUUCGCUGGCGGUCGUUAUUGACAAGAGUUUUUUCGAUAAUAAGGCUGACUAUCGCGAUAUAGUAAAAAAUGUUUACAGCUUCAUUACGGCAAUUACGAGAGAAAAAAUACAUAUGGCUGACAUUGACGUGCACAUCUUUGAAGGAACAAAGGGACAUAAUUUUCGAGAUUUUACGGUGCUUUUAUCCGUGACUUCGUGUUAUCAAAUGUGGAGCCUUCAUGAUGCAGCGCGUAAAGAGGAGCUUGUACAUUUAGCAAUAACAGAUGAGGACUGUCCACGACUUCCUGAUGCGGAGGGUGUGAGUAUCCCCUUAAUAUUGCCAGGCAAAGAAUUAUCCCAGAUUUUCUUCGAUAUGAGAUCGAUCGACGCUUUGCUCUGGAACAAUGUCAACAUAUUGCACGACGAUACCUUCGAUAGGGACACAAUCGGUAGAGUCACAAAAGCUUUAUCGACUUCGUUGCCAAAUAAAAAAUUUAACCUGGUUUCCAGGACGUUAUUUACUUUUAAGCAUGCUAAUUCUGAACGUAAUAGAAGAUAUGAUAUAAAAAACAUGCUUGAGAGUUUCCAUGUGGAACAAUUGGGAAAAUGCUUUCUGGUAAUCGUCACGAUAGAUACAGCGGCUGAUGUUAUGGAAGUUGCAAAGUCUUUAAAUAUGGCGCUACCCGACAGUCAGUGGUUAUAUAUCAUCACUGAUAGUGUAGUACGAAACUCUACAAAUAUUACCAGUUUCGCCGAUUUAUUGACGGAAGGCAGUAAUGUAGCUUUCAUUUACAAUGUGACGGACAGCGAUACAUAUUGCAAUGUCAGUUUAAAAUGUUAUAUCCAAGAGUUGGUUUCGGCUUUGGCUAACGCUUUAAAAAUGUCGUUGAUGACUGAAAUAGAAUUAUACAGUCAUAUGACCGAUGAGGAGUUCGAACUCAUCCGAUUAAAUAAGCAGGAAAGACGUCAGGAAAUUCUCAAAAGUAUUAAAAUACAGCUUAUCGAGGAUACUUUUUCUACGAACGGCGUUUGCGGUAAAUGUCUGUUUUGGCGAUUCGCUUCGGCCAUAACAUGGGGCAACUUCUUCAUUCACGGCAAGAAUGUCGCGCACUUGAUUGAAUCGGGAACGUGGAUACCUGUCCUAGGUGCGAAUUUUACAGACGUUCUUUUUCCACACGUAAUGCACGGUUUCCGAGGGAUCAACGUACCAAUCGCUACGUAUCACAAUCCGCCGUGGCAAACUAUCUCGUUGACUAAUUCUGGCGAAAAGGAAUACGGAGGACUCCUUUUCGACGUUGUGAGAUAUCUAGGGAAAAAAUUGAACUUUACUUAUAAUGUGCUCAGCCCGGCGAUCAAUCGGACCAAGUUCACUCGUAACGCUACUGUAGCCAAUGUGGUGUUAACAUCGACAACGAGAGAAAUGCCAUCGCAGAUAAUAGAUAUGAUUCUGGAGAAAAAGGUCCUUUUUGCAGCCUGCGCGUACACCGUGAAUGAUCAUGGAAGGAAACAGAUCAAUUUUACUUUGCCGAUUUUUAUACAGACAUAUAGCUUCCUAACUGCAAAACCGGGCCAACUUUCUAGAGCAUUGUUGUUCACCGCGCCCUUUACCAAAGAGACGUGGGCUUGCCUGGCAGCAUCCAUUAUUAUAAUGGGCCCGGUGUUGUACUUGAUUCACAAGUACAGUCCAAGCAGCACGAAGACAUCGGGGCUCAAUUCCUGCUGGCAAUGCGUAUGGUACAUCUACGGGGCUCUUCUUCAGCAAGGGGGAAUGUACUUACCCCAUUCCGACAGCGCUCGCCUGUUGGUCGGUGUCUGGUGGUUGGUUGUGAUGGUCUUAGUAGCAACCUAUUCCGGAAGUUUGGUCGCGUUCCUAACAUUCCCAAAUACAGACACUGCCAUCCUGACCGUGGAUGAUCUUAUUGCUCAUAAAAACAAAUUAACGUGGGGCUUUCCUAAUGGCAGCUUUUUAGAAGAGUAUCUAAAGAAUGUCGAAGAAGAAAAGUAUCAUAUUCUUUUGGAGCGGGCUAUAAUUCAUAACGCGACACAAGAAGCGGAUAUGGUUGAGCAGAUAAAGAUGGGCAAGCACGUGUUAAUUGAUUGGAGAAGCACAUUGAGGUAA